CUCCUAAAAGCAUCAAAGAAGAGAGGCAAACCAUUGUGAAUUUGUGAGUUGCUCUGAGGGCCCCCGAGCGUUUUAAGCUUCUCGACCUCUAACCCUAGCCGCCCCCCUCCCCCUUCACUCCUCUCCACACCUCUUUGACGUUGAUUUCGACAGUUCGUUGGCCUCUUCAGCUGAUUUAGUGUAAGGGUUCUGAUUACGAAUAAAGUUUGCAGGUGUAAGUUUUGAGGUUUGAUUAUGGCGACCAGGCUUCAGUUUGAAAACUCAUGCGAUGUGGGCGUUUUUUCUAAGCUCACCAACGCCUACUGUUUGGUUGCUAUUGGUGGUUCUGAGAAUUUCUACAGUACAUUUGAGACUGAGUUAGCAGAUGCAAUCCCUGUGGUUAAGACCUCCAUUAGCGGCACUCGCAUUAUUGGACGCCUUUGUGCAGGAAACAAAAAGGGGCUUCUCUUGCCCCACAACACCACUGACCAAGAGCUUCAGCACUUGAGAAACAGUCUACCUGAUCAAGUAGUCGUUCAGCGCAUAGAGGAGAGACUGUCUGCUCUGGGAAAUUGUAUAGCUUGCAACGAUCAUGUUGCCCUUACACACACAGAUCUCGACAGGGAAACAGAGGAGAUGAUUGCAGAUGUUCUUGGAGUAGAAGUUUUCAGGCAGACAAUUGCUGGCAAUAUUCUUGUGGGCAGCUACUGUGCCUUCUCUAACAGAGGUGGUUUGGUUCAUCCCCAUACUUCUAUCGAAGACUUGGAUGAACUUUCAACACUUCUUCAGGUCCCAUUAGUGGCUGGGACUGUGAACCGUGGUAGUGAAGUGAUAGCUGCUGGCAUGACAGUGAAUGACUGGACAGCAUUCUGUGGUUCAGAUACUACAGCAACAGAACUCUCUGUCAUCGAGAGUGUUUUCAAACUGAGGGAAGCCCAGCCUAGCGCCAUUGUGGACGAGAUGAGGAAAUCAUUGAUUGACAGCUAUGUCUGAGGCGUGCGUAUCAUCCUUCAGCCCAAGAACUGAUAACGAAAGGUUGUGUUCGGAGAGCUUAUUACUCCAGACUUGUUUGGCAGUUAUUUUAUUUUCCUGAUACGGUAAUGCCUAUCCCGAAGCAUAAAUGUUGAAUUAUGGUAAUUUUGUCAAAUGUAGUUAUAAAAAACCUCUAAUGCUAUAUGAAUCAGAUGAUGUUUGUUGAAA